AUGCGUAACAACAUAGUGUUCGGUAAUAUAGAGGAGGCCCUCCCAGGGGAAACAGAAAAUGCAGAAUCUGUAGUGCGUGACUUCUUAGUCAGUAAGAUGAAAUUGGCUAGUGAUUUGGUUAGUGAAAUGAAAUUUGAACGUAUUCAUAGAAUGGGCGAGAAAAGACCGGGAAAAAAUCGACCGAUUGUAGCAAAAUUCAACUUAUUUAAGGAGCGCGAGCUUGUAAGAAGGGCUGGUAGUGCACUUAAAAGUACACCAUACUUUAUCCAUGAACAGUUCCCGAAGGAAGUAUCUGACAAACGUAGAAAACUCGUACCCAAGAUGAAGGAGGCGCGGAACAAGGGGUCAAGAGCCUGGAUCUCUUACGACACUUUGUUCAUUGACGGGAAACCUUUCAAGGACAGCGCCAACUAG